AUGCCGCUGUCCUCUAUACCUGCGACCACACUCACGGUCCUCGCGUUGGGGCUGCUCACCUUUCUAAUCAAACAAUUUGUUUUCCCUUUGUAUAAACGUUGCGCGGCAAUAGGCCACAUUGCUGGGCCACCCUGCGACAACAUAUGGACUGGUGAGGAAGCUUGGCCUCAAUCAUCCACUCUGGCUCAUCUUCAUACAGGCAAUUGGCAUCAACUCUUUCAUAAGAACGCUUGGCAAUUCAAAAAGAGCAUUCAGGAGACUUACGGUGGUGUUUUGAAGAUAAAUGCCCUCUUCGGGGCAGAUCGCCCCAGCUAUGAAACGAACGCAUAUCACUUGCUUCGUAGCCGUUUGUCCUUCGGUUAUGGUUUGGUAGGAACCACAGGCGCUAAGCAUUUGAAGCAACGCCGAUUGAUGGCCCCGUACUUCGCAUCGAAAUACUUGCGCACAUUGUUGCCCGUGUUCUAUCCAUUUGCUUACGAGCUCUGUGAUGAUAUCGAAAAGAAGAUCAAAAAAUAUGACGGCGUCAUCAAUAUGCAUCGCAUGAUGUCUAUUGCCGCCCUUGAGUAUGUUGGCACCGGUCUCGGGUAUCGCUUCGAUGGGUUGAACGAAAGCAAGCCGAAUGAAUAUAACGAUGCCGCCAAAGCUUUGAACCCCCUUACUUUCAAACUCUCUACCUACCGUGCCUUUCUGCCCUACUGGGUUCAACUCGGCCCCGCCUGGUUCCGCAAGAGAUUGGUUGAUUGGGUUCCCUGGCCUGACUUGCACCGAGUGAAGGCAGUCAUCUACAGAAUGGACGACAUUGCUCAAGACAUUCUUCAAACCAGAAAACAGGCCUUCGCCGACGGUGAGAGUUACGGACGCGAUAUCUUGAGUGCUAUUAUGCGCUACAACGACGAGGCCGAAGACGAUGAGAAGAUCGACAAGGAUGAGAUCAUUAGCCAUAUCACGACGACUCUUUUCGCAGGUCAUGAGACAACUGCUGGGGUGCUUUCCAGAAUCAUACAUCAACUCUCCCUUCACCACGAUGCUCAAGAAAGACUCCGCGAAGAGGUGACUAAGGCUCGUGAAGCUAAAGGUGACUUGGAGUUUGAAGACUUGCUGGAGCUGCCUUACCUCGACGCCAUCUGUAAGGAGACCCUUCGAGUUUACCCCCCUGUAGAUCAGCUCUACCGAACUUCUGUCAAGCCGACUGUCAUCCCUAUUUUAUAUCCUAUCCAAUCCACAGAUGGAAAGGAGCUUCGCGAAAUUGCCAUAGAACCAGGAACUGAUACGAUUGUAUCCAUCGUCGGUUAUAACCGCAACAAAAGCGUUUGGGGUGCAGAUGCUGAGGAGUGGAUUCCUGAACGUUGGUUGGAACCUUUGCGUACCAGCGUCCUCCAAGCCAAACUUCCGGCCGUGUUUUCUCACAUGAUGACUUUCACUCUUGGCGAGAGGGCUUGCAUUGGUUACAAGUUCGCAGAGAUGGAAAUGAAGCUCAUCUUGUCGGUUCUUUUGUCGAGAUUCAGGUUCUCCAUCGACCCCAAGAACGAGAUUUUCUGGAACAUGGGUGGAAGUAUCACCCCGAUUGUCAAGGAUUCGGGCCAGAUUGAACCUACCCUGCCCAUCAGAGUCAGCGUCUUGCCAAAAGCCACUGCUUGA